AUGUCUGCACUCUAUGCAUACGCAAUUGUCUCCUUCCUGCUCUUCGUAUUCUUUAUGCGGAAAGUGGGAUCAAGGGAGUUGCAUUUACCUACUGGACCACCCACGAUUCCCCUCAUUGGUAAUUUGCACAUCUUCCCAACAGAGUUUGCGCACUACAAAUUCACCGAAUGGGCGCGCAAGUAUGGCGGAAUAUAUUCCCUCAAAUUGGGCCCAGGGACUGUCGUUGUUCUUACUGAUCCAGCCGCGGUCAAAGAAUUGAUGGACAAACGGAGUAGCUCGACAGCGGACAGACCAUCGAUGUUCGUUGCAGAUCUAGUCGCUGGCGGUCGGAAUAUGGUGUUGGCUCGCUACGGUGGACUUUUUGCUGCAAUACAUAUUUAUCGAAGCUUACCUUUCUAUCCAGCCGAAACUUGGCGAACCCUCAGGCGGGCUUCCCGUUCUGUCCUCACACCACAAGCUUCCGUCCUCCAUCUUCCAAUCCAACAAGCAGAGUCCAUCCAGCUACUCUACGACUUUUAUCGUAAGCCCGAAGACUUUUAUACGCACCUUCGGCGGUAUUCAAGCUCUGUCAUUUUGUCUGUACUGUACGGCGUGCGCUCUCCUCGAUACGAGACGCAAGCAACGGCUGCUUUCUUCGAAUCUCAGCAUGAGUGGGAGCGUGUUCUGGAGCCUGGCGCGACUCCUCCAGUCGAUCUCAUACCAAUUCUCAAAUAUGUGCCUCAGCGAUGGGCAAAAUGGAAGCGCGACUGCGCAAAAACAAGGCAGCUUCAGCGAACUUUAUAUGUUGACCUGUUGGAACAAACUGCUCGUCGUCUGGCACGAGGGGAGGAAAAUGGGAGCUACAUGGAGGAUAUUCUACAUCAAGAGCAGGCAUUGGCUUUCGUCUAUGCUGACCUGAGCAAAAUCAGAUACCUUGGAGGUGCUCUCGUGGAAGGCGGCUCGGACACGACUUCGUCCUUUCUUCAGUCCUUGGUGCUUGUCUUGGCCGCGUUUCCCGAUGCACAAAAGAAAGCCCAGGAAGAAAUGGAUCGUAUCGUUGGCACUCAACGCUUGCCUUCUCUCAAAGACCUGGACGAUUUGCAUUAUAUCCGAGCCCUUAUUCUUGAGACGCAUCGUUUCCGUCCAGUUGCCCCGCUCAUGGUUCCACACGCCACACUGCGGUCAGAACAGUAUGGCGAUUACUUCAUACCAAGUGGCGCAACUAUUUUCGUUAACACAUGGGGUAUUUUUCAUGACCCAGCGCUCUUUGACGCUCCGGAAACUUUCAAUCCUGACCGAUAUAUCCUUACUGAACAUGGAACGAAGCCCGGCGUUCAGGUUGAUGGUCUUCGUCCAAGCUUUCCUUUUGGAGUUGGUCGUAGAAUAUGCCCCGGGAUCAAUAUUGCCCAGAACUCCAUCAAUAUCAACACCCUGAACCUGGUUUGGGCAUUCAAUUUCCAGCCUCCACUCGAUGACAGCGGCAAAGAGAUUGAUCUCGACCUCUUUGACUAUCAAAGAGGAAUACUCACUGCUCCAAGUCCCUUUGAAUGCAGAAUUCAAGUCCGCACACCGCACAAGGCCAAUCUGAUCAAGCAAGCGUUCCUUGAAGCCACAGACACAUUUGCUAAAUUCGAAUUUGGACUGAGUGCCCAGGAUGAAGAGCACAUACAAUCGUUGAGGGCUGAAGCCGCUUCGUAA